AUGUUCUCACGAAAGACUAACAAGUCUCCAGACUACGCUCACCACCCUCUCCCCCAGACCACGGUAUCCCAGCUAGGCAACGACUUUGCACCGGCACCCUUCCUCACCGUACCUUCCCCCUCGGUGCCCCUCUUUCCAUCAGAUACCCUCCCUCCGGGCCGCCUGUCGUCAUCUUCCUCGAGAUCCAACCAGUCGCUACUCCUGAGCAAGUCGGACCCCUUUGCCCGCGUCUUCCCUCGCCCGCCCACAGAUACUGGUCGGGAGCCACCGUUCAUUCGAGCCGGCUCUAUUCGUUCAGCUACACCCACCCAGAACAGGAGCCCCACACCACGCUCGCCGCUACCCUCCGACGACCACCCGUUCAUCAUGUCUCACUCGUUUGAGCAGUCCCGCGAUGCGGCGAGGAAGAAGUCCCCUACAAGUCCGUCCUCGCCCCCCGCAGACAUUCACCUCGAGAUUGGCGAAUCUGCCGAUCGCGUGGGUGCCCUGUCGUCCGCGUCGGAUAGCGUGGGCGUCAUUGGUAGCUUUGACAAGCGCCUCAAUCGCUCAGUCAUGAGCCUUGGUGCCAAAGUCAAGGCCGAAAAGGUCUUAGGAGCAGACCCGCAACCGCGUCUUGCUUCCCUCUACUUGGUUUCCGGUCUCGGCAAGGAACCCGCCCAAUGGUCGCUAUCUGACUCGGAUGCCACAUUAGGCGUCCAGCCUCUCGAGGAUUCCCUCGGCGUCUUCUGGCGCCCCGAUAUGCUCGGUAGCACCUUUAGUGGCGAGAAGAGCGACGAGUGGAGUAACCGCCAGACAAAGUCUUCCAACCGGAGCUUGGGCUCAACCCUUCGCCGUGACAUUUCGGCCAAGACGGUCCCAGGAGCCGGCCCCGAAGGUGCCUCGCGCCUCGUUGCCAGAACCAUGAAGUACGCCCACCCAAAGGACGUCGAGGUUGUCAACUCGACCCUAGCGCCACCGACUACUUGCCAUACCUUUACCUUUAGCGUGUCCCGUAAGAGCACGUUGACGGCUGUGGCAGCCCAAGCAGACCGAAAGGGUAGCUCAAGGACAGGUGUCGACGUCGACCAGUUCCAGUCUGUCACUACUGAGGCGCCUUCGGCUACCCCUGGUAUUGGCCAAGAGCACCUCCGCGGUACGACUUAUGGCUCCGACCUCGUCUUCUACGGUGUGACUCUGACCGUCUGGUCGCACGCCGACAAGGAGCGCGCCGCCAAGCUCAAGAUCUUCAAGCAGCGCACCGCUGCCCGCCCUCGUGCCGAUUCGCUCCUUUCUGAGGCCGCCGCGCGCGACAAGUCUCGCCGCCGUCGUGUCCAGUCCAAGACCCCGUGGUCGUCCUCUGCCAAGGGCAAAGGUGCUCCCUCCGACUACACUGCCACCGACACCGAAGUCACUGGUGUCAGUGACUCAGACUUAGAGACUACCUUCACCAAUGACCCGACCGAGUACUCGGUCGGUGAUGCGGCUCAGGCUUUCGGCGAAUCAAGUGACGUGUUCUGGAUGCCUUACGCUUUGACGCUUGUUUCUCGAUACCCCAUUUACGAUGUCAUGCAGGACUACCUCCGCCUCAGUUGGGCUCGCUACUCCAAGGAUGCCCGCUCCCACAUGAGGCAGAUCUUCUCGCUCCUCAACACCGAUGCGCCGCGCGCCGGUGACCCAUUCCGUCUCCCCAUCGGCACCUCCACUGAAGACGAGGUGGCCAUCGAGGCGACCAUGCCCGGUGCGCUCGACUUCGAGAUCCGCACUGUCAAGGUUGAUUUCCAGAUGUGGCCACUGUUCCAAGCCCUGGACAUUGACCACAUCCUCACCUGCGUCGAGGUGGCGUUAACCAACUCUGGACGUGUCAUUUUCUGCUCGCGUCACCCCGGAAUGCUCGGUACCGCCGUGGACACCCUCAAGUACAUUGUCGAGCUCCGCGGUUGGGACGGUAUCGCCCUCCCCAGCAUCCACACUCGCGACACCACUUUUAUCGUCGAGGAUCCCGGACCUUACAUCAUCGGCAUUGCCACGGAAGCCCGUUAUCUCGUGACCCCGCCACCAGAGGUUGUGGUCGUUGACCUUGACACCAACUCGCUUACUGUCAAGUCGCUCCCUACCGCAGCCGUGCCUUCCCGCCAGAAGCGCGAGAAGGCCAGACAUAGGCUGAUGGCAGCCCUGGGCCACACGUACCCCUCAGAGCACUCGGUCCCCAUCGACUACCGUGCCACCUUCCCCAAGGGAGUGUUCCGCAACAUCAACAACGUCACCCAUGGUUUGAUCCGCCCUCGCUACCUCGGAGAGCGCCUCAACCCUCCGCCGUGGUGGAACCAGAGCGCCGUCGUUGCCGUCUUUGACAGGAUUCUGGCCGACAAGCACAAGAAGCCGACGUUCUUUGAGCGUCUCACCAAGUCGGGCAAUGCGCGUGUGCAGGAGCAGCUCACAGCCAACGAGCGUCUUGCCAAGGCGAUGAUGCGCAAGCGUGCCCUCCACUACGUUGAGCGCCGUGACGACUUUGAGCUCAAGGUCGCUCGUAUCACCCGCCGACUCCAAAAGCUCAUCCAGGAGGGCGAGCACUGGAAGCACCGCUUCGAGCUCUUCGAGAAGUACGCCGAGCGCCUCUCGCAAGAGGCCAACGACCUCAAGGCCAAGAUUGACAAGGAGCAACGCGAGGCGCGCCGUCUUUCGAACUUGAACAACGAGCAGGUCAAGGAGAAUGCUGAGCUGGCCAACAAGCUCGUUCAGACUGAGAGCGCCCGGGCUGAGGCCAUGCGUCAGCUUUCUGACAUGCACCAUUCCAUCCAGGAGCUUGAGCGCGAGCGCAACGAGAUUAUGGACGUCAUCGAGAUGCAGAUCACCAAUGCUCUCCAGCACAUGCCCUUCCUCGAUGGGGACCAUGACUCGCCUCAGAGCCCCGAGUCGCCGGAGAAGUCAAUUUCCACCCCGCCAGACUCGCCACCGACAUCGCCCAAGUCGUUGUCAUCAACGAUCCGCGACAAGAACCGUCUCCGCCCUGGAACGCGUGACUCGACGCAGACGCGAUUCAGUGUCGACACGCAGCCCAUGAGUGUGAUAGGUGCUCUCCACCAGGGAUCUGUCCGCCGUGGUCUCGGCUCCAUCCUUGACAGCGACCAGAUCAGCACGGCUGACCGCCUUCUGUCCAGCUCCAAGACCGACAGUGUUGCCAGCCGUGUGGCAAUCAUUCAGGCCAAGCUCGAACUCGCUCUUACCCCUGCCCGUGAGAAUGGAGAGCUCCCAGAGCAAGACGAAAGUGCCGAGGAGACGGAGCAUGAGAGUGAGGACGAGGCCAAAUUUAACGACGAGGCCACCAAGGACCCCAACCACGUCCUUCCCGUCAUCAAGGAGCCGACAUCCCCUACGCCAGAGCGCAAGACGAGCCCCGACCCCACCGCUGCAUCCCGUCGCGCCAACAACGCCUCACUGACUGCUAGCGAUUCCGGUAGCGUCGUGAGCAACGGCGACGCCCAGUCGGAUGUCAGCGCAGCUGAGCCCACGCACGCUCGUCCAGUGACCGUGUUCCGCCCUGUCGUCCUCCGUCCUCCUCCGCGUCGUGUCACCCAGAAGAAGAGUUACGAGUCGAUCGGCUCGACCAAGCUCUCCCCCGCCUCUGAGGUCAAGCAGUUCCCUGCUACCGACGGUCCGGUCGAGAGCGAGGUUCUCCUCACCCUCGCCGACGCCAACCACGAGAAAGUCCAUGUCAACGGCGGCUCGGAGAAGGCGGGUGCUCGCACCCGCAAGGAGUCGAGCGUCAGCAACGUUAGCAACACGUCGCGCCCUUCGAGCAUCCAGUCGACCAUGACCGUCACGUUCGGCCCACGAAAGUAG